AUGCUGAUCAUCUUUUUCGACUCUCGAGGAAUCGUCCACAAGGAGUUUGUACCUUCAGGAAGCACUGUAAACGCGGCAUUUUACAAAGAAGUGCUCCUUCGGCUGAAAAACCGCGUCGCCCGGGUUCGGCCCGUCCUCGUCAAAAAUUGGACCCUUCAUUACGACAAUGCGCUGGCGCACACCAGCCUUCCUCUGCACCUCUGCAUUGGCCAAGAUGGGGGUUCCGGUGCUUCCUCACCCUCCCUACAGCCCAGACCUGUCCCCUCCGGACUUCUUCUUGUUCCCGCGCCUGAAAAGAAAGCUGAAGGGGAGGCGUUUCGACUCCAUCGAGGUGAUCCACAAAACUGCGACAGCCGAAUUGAACGCGAUUCCGGCGGAUGA